GGGACUUGCUACGAAGUGGUGGCAGAUGCGGCAAACUCCCGACGGCGACUGGAGAGUUCAGGAGACAGAUCUCCCGAGCACGGGCUCCGCCCCCGCCGGUAGCCAGGUCGAUCAUAUUCUUCCGCGAGGGGUGCUGAGCCGGUUUGCUGCGACAGCCAGCCAUGGGAGGCUGUGGAGAAAAACGGAUUUUGAGCAUAGCCACAUCUUCUCACCACCUACCGGGGCGGAAACCGAAGCUGGUUCUAUUCCGGAAUCUUUUUGGACAUGCGUAUGGAACUGCCCGCAUGCAUUGCCGCCUAAUCUCCCCCCGGUUGGAUCUUUCUCGGGAGACAUUCGCCGCCCCGUGGCGCGCCUGUAUGAGCGAAUGGGCUCAAACACUAACCUGACACCGCUCGUUGUCCUUGAGGGUGGCAUUAACGGGUCCAAAGGGUGUCUAGAGAGCCUCCGUCAACCAAUAACGAAUGCUAAGUCCCAGAAGAAAGUCGGGCAAGCAAUCGCGAACACCGGGGCGUCUCCCGAGGAGUUCCUAAAGCAUCUACGUUGGGCGGUGGGCGUGUUCGAGUACCUGCGGAGUCCGGAGAUCGUCAGGCGAAGGGGGGAUAUCGUUGAUGGUAUUUCCUCCGACCUGAAGCUCAUCGAGCAGCAUACCGAGCACAGCAAAGGACUGGCUGCAAUUUGGGACCAGUUCCAUCCGUCUUAUUUCGCUCAGGCCUCUCGGCUUGCACGCGAUUGGGUCAUGAACUGGGUUAAUUGUACCAAGGCUAAAUACUGCAAGGCUGAGUCCCCUCCACCCAAUCGCGACUACGUACUUUCCGAGCUCGGGAAAAUCGAAAAGAAGAUCGAUAUGAUGAGAUACCCAUUCGAAGACUGACCCAACGGCGGAAACAUCACGCUACGUCCCAUGCCUGCCGCCCGUUUCUGAGACCCGAGGGGUGUGUUGUCGCCGCAGAGAGUGGUUACUACUGGGGGCUGGCUAGCCACGACAGCAGGGUGGAAUUACGUGGCAUUAUCCCUGAUGACGGCUAAUGGGGAAGAAGAGGUCCGGUGUUGUUACUAAUACACUAGUUUUGACAGCUUCAAAGUUGUGAUACCUACGUCUUUGUUGGGAGACCUGUGUUUUUGUGACGAAAACUGGUUAAAAAUUGC